CGGUCUACCGAGCUCAAAAACUUGGGAAACCAAGAGCUGAAGAGCAACAACUUUGACAAGGCCAUCGAGUUGUAUACCCAAGCGAUAGACAUCUUCCCCACGGCGAUUUUGUACUCGAACAGAGCACAGGCCCAAAUAAAACUUGAGAAUUAUGGUUUAGCUAUCGAAGACGCAAACCAGGCGAUCAAGUUGGACAAAAAUUACCUCAAGGCAUAUUAUAGACGUGCGGUGGCCUACAGUGCGAUUUUGGAAUAUAAAAAAUCUCUCUCGGACGUCAAGAUCGUUCUUUCGAGGGCACCUUCCGACAAAAAUGCCCAGGUAUUGGAAAAACAGCUGGUAAGAAUCAUCAAUCAAAUUAAGUUUGAGAAGGCCAUUGCUGUGGAGGAAAAAGGCUCUACAAUAGCCAGUAUCGACUUUGAUUCAUUCACCGUUGAAAGCAGCUACCAAGGUCCUGACCUGGACAUCAAAGUGGAAGACAAACGAGUGUCUGUUGCGAUGACGCAGGAAUAUAUCUCCAACAUGGUGGACUUGUUCCGUAAGGGAGGCAAGAUCCCCAAGAAACACGCCUUCGCCAUCGUAGCUGCUGCGAACGAAAUCUUCAAGGAGCAGCCUCCGAUGGUCGAGUUUGGUCUGAAGCGGCCAUCCACUAUCACCGUUUGCGGGGAUACCCAUGGUCAGUUUUACGAUGUGCUGAACAUAUUCAAACGUUUUGGAAAAGUCGGAAAGAACCACAUUUAUCUGUUUAAUGGAGACUUUGUGGACCGCGGCUCAUGGUCCUGCGAGGUUGCAUUUUUAUUGUACUCGUUGAAAUUGCUGUAUCCUCAAAACAUCUACAUAAACAGGGGAAACCACGAGACGAACGAUAUGAACAAAGUGUACGGUUUUGAGGACGAGUGCAAGUACAAGUACAGCGAGAAACUAUUUUCGUGUUUCAGUGAAUCCUUUAAUUCCCUGCCGUAUGCCUCUCUAAUUGGCCAAGAGUAUCUUGUCAUGCAUGGUGGUCUGUUUUCUUCUGACAACGUCGUUCUAGACGACAUAAGAAAGAUCGAUCGGUUCAAGAGCAAACAACCUCCGAAGGAAGGAAUUGAGAUGGAACUUUUGUGGACGGAUCCCCAGGAAAGCAAGGGAAGAUCUGCAUCCAAAAGAGGAAUUGGAAUGCAAUUUGGUCCGGACGUCACGGCAGAUUUCUGUGAGCGCAACAAGCUCAAGGCAAUCAUUCGGUCUCACGAAGUUCGUAUGGGAGGUUACGAAAUAGAACACGACGGCAAGUUGGUCACGGUGUUUAGCGCGCCAAACUACUGUGAUAUGCAGGGGAACUUGGGUGCAGUGGUUAACUUUACGCUCAAAGAUGAUGAAUAUGAGGUGGAGUAUGCAACCUUCACUCAUGUCGACCAUCCUAAUAUUCCUCCUAUGAACUACUCCAAAAACAAUUUUGGGUUCUAAAUAUGUCUGAUCUCUCAACGAGGUCUCUAGAACGGUCUAGAAACAAUGUAUUUAAGAUCAUAUCG